GGACCAUGUGGGCUCCGACGUGGAGUUUAGUAGCAAAGACGUUGUGUCGGCUGCAGGCCCUGCCCAAAAAAGACAAGCAUUAGCAGGAAUAUCGGUGCAUAGAACAACAGUUCUCCGCCUGUGGGAACUGAGGGACCCCUUCCACAACUCCUCCUUUUCCUCCUCUGUGAAAAGCUGCCCCCCGAAAGAAAAAAAAGAAAAAUGGGUGAUCUGCUGGAGGACGGCUCGUUCAUGUUCACGUCGGAGUCUGUGGGAGAGGGACAUCCAGACAAGAUUUGCGACCAGAUCAGCGAUGCCGUUCUGGACGCUCACCUCAAGCAGGACCCCGAUGCCAAAGUGGCCUGUGAGACGGUGUGUAAGACGGGCAUGGUGCUGCUCUGCGGAGAGAUCACGUCCCGGGCCAACGUUGACUACCAGAAGGUGGUGAGGGAGGCCAUCAAACACAUCGGCUACGACAACUCCGAUAAAGGUUUCGACUACAAGACGUGUAACGUUCUGGUGGCUUUGGAGCAGCAGAGUCCAGACAUUGCUCAGGGGGUCCAUGUGGACCGCAAGGAGGAGGACAUCGGCGCCGGAGACCAGGGUCUGAUGUUCGGCUACGCCACAGACGAGACCGAGGAGUGCAUGCCUCUCACCAUCGUCUUAGCCCACAAGCUCAACUCCAAGAUGGCGGAGCUCAGACGCAACGGUACCAUCCCUUGGCUGCGCCCGGACUCCAAAACUCAGGUGACCGUGCACUACGACCAGAAAGAUGGCGCUGUGAUCCCCAAGAGGGUCCAUACUGUCGUUGUCUCCGUGCAACACGACGACUGCAUCUCUCUGGAAGAACAGAAGAAGGUCCUCAGGGAAAAGGUGAUCAAUGCGGUGGUGCCCGCCAAGUACUUGGACGAUAAGACAGUCUACCACCUGCAGCCCAGCGGCCGCUUUGUCAUCGGUGGACCUCAGGGAGAUGCCGGCGUCACGGGCCGCAAGAUCAUCGUGGACACGUACGGGGGCUGGGGCGCUCACGGGGGCGGAGCUUUCUCGGGCAAAGACUUCUCCAAAGUGGACCGCUCGGCCGCUUACGCCGCUCGCUGGGUGGCCAAGUCUCUGGUCAGGGCCAAGCUGUGCAGGAGGGUCCUGGUCCAGGUGUCCUACGCCAUCGGGGUGGCUCACCCGCUGUCCAUCUCGUUGUUCACCUACGGCUCGUCCAAAAAAACGGAGUCGGAGCUUCUCCACAUCGUCAACAAGAACUUUGACCUGAGGCCAGGAGUCAUUGUCAGGGAACUGCAGCUGAAGAGGCCCAUCUACCAACAGACCGCCACCUACGGUCACUUUGGCCGGCCAGAGUUUUCCUGGGAGGUUCCCAAAAAGCUUAUUUUGUAGAACGCUCAACUUAAAUAAGCCAGAAAGAUGAAUCAAACCAAAGUUAUGCAGGGGGAUAGGAGGAUAUAUAAUGUGAAGGACAUCUAAUGGGAGACAUCUUUCAUCCUAUUAGCCUGGUGCUUAUUUCCCCGACUCCCGUAUUUUUUUAAAUAAAUGUAGAUUUACAAAUCACCACAACCUCAAUGAAUGUACAAUAGACGUUGUUUUUGUUGUUGUAAUCAUUAAAACAAAGCCGUGCUCAACAAACAGGUCAAUAAAUAAGACACAGGGAGCGCGAUGGUCUGCUCUCACAAGCAUGUUACAAUCAACCAAACUGUAAAAUAGCCUUUGCUUUAUUUUCCCAACUGCUGUGCUUCAGUGUACGGAGCCCCUAAAGGGACAUGGAGGAAAUCUAUUUUUAUUUUUUUAUAAUUCAUUUUUAUUUUUUUUAGACAUGUAUCUCGUGCGCACGAGAAACUUUUUCUAAAGUUAUAAAAAAAAAUAA